AUUCAGUAUUCUUCUACUUUUCGAUUCCUAGAUAUGAAUCGCGCAAGUGGAUCAUCUUCUUCCUCACGUUUUAGAUGUAGUUUUGAUGUAUUUUUAAGUUUUCGAGGGGAAGAUACUCGUUCCAACUUUACCAGUCAUCUUAAUAUGGCUUUGCGUCAAAGAGGAAUCAAUGUUUUUAUAGAUGAUAAGCUUUCAAGGGGUGAAGAAAUUUCUGCAUCUCUUUUGGAAGCUAUUGAAGAAUCCAAGAUCUCGAUCGUUAUAAUCUCUGAAAAUUAUGCAUCUUCGAGUUGGUGUUUGAAUGAACUAGAGAAAAUCAUUAUGUGUAACAAAUUGAGAUCAGGAGAACAACUUGUUUUACCAAUUUUCUACAGAGUGGAUCCAUCUCAAGUAAGAAAACAAAGUGGAAGAUUUGGAGAAGAAUUUGGGAAACUCGAAGUGAGAUUCUCAUCGGACAAGAUGGAAGCAUGGAGGGAGGCAAUGAUUUCUGUUUCUCAUAUGUCUGGAUGGCCGAUCCUUCAAAAAGAUGACGAGGCAAAUUUGAUUCAAGAAAUUGUACAAGAAGUCUUGAAGAAAUUAAACCAUGGAACAAUGCAAUUGCGUUUACCUAAAUAUCCAGUUGGAAUAGACAAACAAGUUAAUAAUAUACACUUCCAAGUUAUGUCAACAGAUGAAAAAACUACUAUGGUUGGAUUAUAUGGAAUUGGAGGUAUCGGCAAGACAACUUUGGCCAAAGCAUUGUACAAUAGGAUUGCAGAUGACUUUGAAGGUUGUUGCUUUUUGCCAAAAAUUAGAGAAGCUUCAAAUCAAUAUGAUGGCCUUGUUCAACUCCAAAAGAAGCUACUUUGUGAGAUUCUAAUGGAUAAUUCGAUCAAUAUUAACAAUCUUGAUAUAGGGAUUAACAUCAUAAGGAAUCGACUAUGCUCAAAAAAGAUUCUUUUGAUUCUUGAUGAUGUUGAUACGAGAGAACAACUAGAAGCAUUAGCGGGAGGACAUGAUUGGUUUGGACACGGAAGUAAGGUCAUUGCGACAACAAGAAACAAACAAUUACUUGCUAGUCAUGGAUUUAAUAAAUUGGAAAAAGUUAACGAAUUGAAUGUCAUUGAAGGCCUUGAACUUUUUAGUUGGCAUGCAUUUAGAAAUAGUCAUCCCUCAAGUGAUUAUUUAGACCUUUCAAAACGUGUCGUACGUUAUUGUGAUGGUCUUCCCUUGGCUCUUGAAGUUGUAGGUUCCUUCCUUUACUCUAUCGAACAAUCCAAGUUUAAACUUAUAUUGGAUGAAUAUGAAACUCAAUAUCUUGACAAGGGCAUACAAGAUCCUCUUCAAAUAAGCUAUGAUGGACUUGAAGACGAAGUGAAAGAAAUUUUUCUUUAUAUAUCUUGUUGCUUUGUAGGAGAAGAUAUCAACGAAGUUAAAAAGAAGUUAAAAGCAUGUGGUUGUUUAUGUCUGGAAAAGGGAACUACAAAACUCAUGAAUCUAUCACUUCUUACCCUCGAUGAUUUCAACCAGGUUGAAAUGCAUGAUUUAAUACAACAAAUGGGUCGCACAAUUCAUCUCUUGGAGACUUCUACAUCUCAUAAAAGAAAAAGAUUGUUGAUUAAUGAUGAUGCUAUGGAUGUGUUAAAUGGCAAUAAGGAAGCAAGAGCAGUUAAAGUCAUAAAAUUAAAUUUUCCUAAACCUACGGAGUUGGACAUUGAUUCAAGAGCUUUUGAAAAAGUGAAAAAUUUGGUAGUACAGAAUGCUACAUCUUCAAAAAGUAUUGAUGUGGAGUAUGUACCUAAUAGCUUAAGGUGGAUUAAUUGGCCUCAUUUUCCUUUUUCAUCUUUGCCUUCAACCUACACAAUGGAUAACCUUAUGGAAUUGAAAUUGCCAUAUAGCUCCAUCAAACAUUUUGGGAAAGCAUUCAUGUGUGGUGAAUGGUUGAAGGAAAUUGAUCUUAGUUUUUCUGAGUUUUUGGUGGAAAUUCCUAAUUUAACUGCUGCAAUAAACCUUGAAAUGUUGGAUCUUCAAGGGUGUAUAAAUUUAGUAAAAAUUCACGAAUCUGUUGGAUCUCUCAGUAAGCUUGUCGAGUUUUAUCUUUCUAGUAAUAUUAAGGGCUUUGAGCAGUUUCCAUCGUGCCUCAAGUUGGAAUCCCUUUACACUUUGACAUUGUACAGUUGUAGAAUAGAUGAACGAUGUCCUCAAUUUAGUGAAGAAAUGAAUAGCCUAGAACUAUUAUGGAUUAAAGAUAGUGUUGUAAUUAAUCAGCUAUCUCCAACAAUUGAAUAUCUUACUAGCCUACAACAAUUGUGGAUCAUAAACUGCAUGGGGCUCAAAAGUCUUCCAAAAAUUCCAAAGGUUCCAAAAGGAGCAGUUACUAUGAAUGCUUCAGGGUGCAUAUUAUUGGCCAGAUUUCCUGACAACAUACUUGAUUUCAUAUCUUGUUAUGAUAAUUAUAUGGAAGAGAAACAUGAAUAUAAAGUAAUCAAAGAACUCAUAUUAAUGAAUUGUGAUAUUCCAGAUUGGUGCCAAUACAAGAGUACAAACAAUUCAAUAACCUUUCUUUUUCCGGCUGAUUAUCCAACUUGGGAAAGGAAGGCUUUUAUUGCUUUUUGUGUCAAAUUUCAAGUUAUUGAUGAGGAAUUUAAGGUAGACUCUAGAGUGUUUAUCAACGAUUUUGAAGUAUAUAACGGCCACUUUUGGACGAAUGAGAUUGUAGGUCGAAAAAGACCACGAGGUGAGUAUCUAUGGAUAGAAGUAAUUGAUCCUGAUAUACUUCUCGACCCAUAUGAUGAUUGUGAACAAAAUCAACCAAUUAUUUUUGAUAGAGUUACAGUGUUAUUUGAGGUCAUUACUCCAAACGCAGUAAAUAUAAAAAAGUGUGGUGUUCACGUGAUCAUGGAGGAAUAA